CCUCGAGGGAAAAAAUAUCUCCACUUCUGACUCUGACAUCCCUGAUUCUGACAUCCCUGAUUGUAGUGCCUGAUAAUGGACGAUAAGAGUAUUUGUCAUUAUUACAUCGCUGCUUAUCUAGAACGCGAAUGUGAACCGGUUAUACCAGAAAUUCUCAUAGCGUAAUUGAUUAAUUAAGUGGAUGCAGUGAACCGUGAACUUUACAAAUUAAAGAUUUUCAAGUUCAAUCUUGCAAACCUUUAUUACCAAGUAUACUGAUUACUUGUAAAUUAGAGUUUACAAAUGGUACCUUUAAAUAAUGAAGCAAGAGAUAUUACAAGCUGAUACUACUUUAAGGAUUUUUACUUACAACAAACUGCAUAAUAUAUGUAUAUAUCUUUUAUACAAUUAACUCGAAGAAAAUGAAAAUAAAGAUAAAUUAUAGACAGUUGCCUAUAAAGGCACAUUACUUCUUCUUCAUGGCAGCAAUGGGUCCGAUUCUGCCAUUUUUACCAGUUUACGGCAAGGAAAUUGGUGUAUCGGCAUUCGUUAUGGGUACUAUCACUGCGAUUUUACCAAUUUUAUUCCUGAUUGCCAAACCAGCGUUUGGUUUCCUUGUGGACUACUUCUAUCCAAAGAGAAAAGCAAUAUUUAUAACACUAUUAGGAGCUACAAGUACUUGUUACAUUCUCAUGUACUUUUUGCCGAUACUCCCAGGACCAGUUUUACCAAACCAUAGCUUUAAUAAUAUAUCCUGUGAUCAGAUAAAAUUCUGUCCACCUAAGAACAUCGACAAGCCAAAUUUAUGUACUGGCUUCAAGAAUACAAAAUGCAAUUGGACGUGCACGGAUAACAAUUUUUCCGUACCUAUGCAAUUUUAUGGAAACAAUGAGGAAGCAGAUAUUUCCUCGAACACGACAUGCAUAAUUGAACUAUUAAAUAGUACCUCGUAUUGCUUUAAAAACAGUACCUGCAACGUUACUUGUGAUGAGUUUGAAGACACUUGUUUAUACACUUCUAUAACAUUCUGGGGCUUUGUUUUAUUGAUGUCCCUUGGCAACAUCGGUUUUAAUGUCAGCAACUGCAUAAGUGAUGCUAUUUGUUUCGAUAUAUUAGGCGAAGGUGGUGAAAUGGGAUAUGGUAGACAACGUGUGUGGGGCACUAUUGGCUUCGGAAUUGCUGCAUUGUUAGCUGGCAGUGUAGGAGAUCUAUGGUCUAAAGAAGGAAUUAUUGAAACAUAUACACCUGCGUUUCUAUUUGUUUUCGUAUUCACCGCCAUUGAUCUAGUUUGCUGUAAUAAAUUAGAUCUACCAAAAAUGACAGGAUCUGAAAAUAUAUUGAAAGAUGUUGUUAAGCUUUUAAAAUUGAAAUCUAUUAUUAUAUUCCUCUGUUUCGCGACGAUCGCUGGCAUACUUGAUAGUUUCAUGAUCUACUUUUUAUUUUGGUAUUUAGAAGAUCUUGCUAUGGCAGUAUGGGGUAACAUGAAUCAAAUUAAAUUAAUCGAAGGUUUGAUCGUCGCCGCAGAGACUUUGGGCAGCGAAAUAAUAUUCUUUUCCUUAUCCGGUAAAAUUCUAAAGAAGCUGGGUUUCGGAUAUACUUUUACAUUCUGUUUCCUGUUUUACGCUCUACGACUUGCAUUAAUUUCUAUAGCACCGAAUCCAUGGUGGGUGAUACUUAUAGAACUGUUUAUGCAGGGACCGACUUACGCACUUUGCUACACAACAAUAGUCGCCUAUGCAAGCAAAGUUGCACCACCUGGUACCUCAGCUACCGUGCAAGGGAUCGUAGCUGGCAUGGAUGAUGGCUUAGGUUUUUCAGUUGGUAGUUUUAUUGGGGGGAUCCUGUACAAAUUAUAUGGAGGUGUAACGACGUUGCGGAUAUUUUCUUUACUUGCCUUCGUUACUGCAUUUAUGUACCUCAUUUUGUACCGUCUAUACUUAAAAGAUUUAACGCCAGAGACAAAGAGCCACGUGGUAUGGAAAACGCCCGAGGAAGCUCAAAAGGAAUGUACCGUAGCGGAUAAUUGACUGAACGAGCAUAAUAAUCAAAUAUACUUCCAAUACAAAUGAAAAUUGUCGUUUCGAAACACGAUGAACAAACACCGAUAUUAUACAAGAUAUACAAUAAUAGAUAAAUACUCCAACAAUUAAUUUUUAAAUACGUGCCAAAAGAAGGAGUAUCUUUGAUAUAUCAAUAUUGAGAUCUUAAUAUACGUUGUUUUGAGCAA